UGCUCCUAAUGUCCUUGGCACCAUCGUCCUUCACGACUCAACAACGUUGCGACUAAAAUACCCAGUAAGGCAAGAAAGGAUAAAUAAAAUAGACAAUACGGUAAAAAGACGAAGGAAUCCUGGAUCCCAGAUGCCAUUUUAAAAUUAGCCUAUCCAUGAUUUAUUUCUGUAGUCGUCUGCGAAGCCAGCGCAGGAACGGGUCGAGAGGAUAAGCCAAACUGACGAGGAACUGCUUAACUUUGCAACCUGCUGUUAGGUUGUUGUUGGUUACACAAGGGAGAGCGAUAAACGACAGUAUUGCGGAGGAUACCUGGUCAUUAAACCGGCUUACCUUUAAAAUAAUUAUUCUUGCAUGGAUACAUCAUGGCUACGUUUAUAUGCAGGGUUCAGUUCCUAGAUGAUACCGAUCCAUUCAAUAGCACCAAUUUUCCCGAACCGACGAGACCACCUCUCUACACAUUCAGGGAAGAUAUUCCGCUCAUAAACCAGAUUGCCGGAGUCCAUAGGCAACUCAAAGCCCCUCAUAAGCUGGAUGACUGUGCCCUGCAGCUGUCACACAAUGGGACCUACCUGGACCUGGAGUCUACGCUCGCUGAGCAGCGAGACGAGCUGGAGGGCUUUCAGGAAGACGGCGGGCGGGGGAAGAAACACAGCAUUAUUCUGCGUACACAAUUGUCUGUUAGAGUCCACGCCUGCAUCGAGAAACUGUACAACUCAAAUGGACGAGAGUUGAGGAGAGCCCUGUUUUCUCUGAAGCAGAUCUUUCAGGAUGAUAAGGACCUGGUCCAUGAGUUUGUUGUGGCGGAGGGACUGACAUGUUUGAUAAAGGUGGGAGCUGAGGCCGACCAGAACUACCAGAACUACAUCCUUAGAGCCCUGGGGCAGAUCAUGCUGUACGUGGAUGGGAUGAACGGAGUCAUCGGUCACAACGAAACCAUCCAGUGGCUUUACACGCUGAUCGGAUCCAAGUUCCGUCUGGUGGUGAAGACGGCCCUGAAGUUGCUGCUGGUGUUUGUGGAGUACACGGAGCAGAACGCCCCCCUGCUGAUCGAUGCCAUCAACGCCGUGGACACCAAGAGGAGCUGCAAACUGUGGUCAAAUGCCAUGGAGAUCCUGGAUGAGAAGGAUGGAGUGGACACAGAGCUGCUGGUGUAUGCGAUGACCCUCAUCAAUAAGACUCUGUCUGGGCUACCAGAUCAGGACUCCUUCUAUGACGUGGUGGACUGUCUGGAAGAGCAGGGGAUCGAGGGUCUGGCCCAGAGACAUCUGAACAGGAAGGGGACAGACCUGGACCUGGUGGAACAAUUCAACAUGUAUGAGGCGACGCUGAGGCACGAGGACGGCGAUGACGACGCCCAGCCGCCCGCGGGGUGCAAAGACCGGCGGCGCGCCAGCGUCGGGGGCGUCAGCAGCGAGAAGCGGGGCCUGGAGAGGAGGCGCAGCAGGAGACACUCUCUCCAGAAGGAGAGGCUCACCACCUCCGCCCCGGCCUCCCCCAGCAGCCCCCACUACCAGGGGCCCUCCGGAAACUUCCUGAACUUCGCCGGCCAGAGGAUGGAGGACCUGAGCGAGAGUCAGGCAGAUGCUCUCUCAAACAGCUCCUACUCUCCGUAUUCGCCCCGAAUGUCUCGUAGCUCCACCAGGAAUGGUGGACUGGGGAGCCCCUACCCUGGAAGGUCCUACGCCACACUCAGUGCCCCCGCCACUCCCAACAAUCGCUAUGGCAACCCAGUCUCACCAUCAGCAGAACGAAAGACGGACAGGCCUGCUCUGGGUGGCCUGCUGACGUCCUCGUACCGGCAGCACCAGGAGUCUCUGGCAGCCGAGCGGGAGAGGAGGCGUUUGGAGAGAGAGGAGCGGCUGCUGAAGAUCGAGCGCGAGGAGAGGAACCGCUUCAAUCGGGAUUACGUGGACAAAAGGGAAGAGGCCAGGCAGGCCAGGGAAGAGAGGUACAAGAAUGUGGAGAAACUGGCAGCAGAGGAGUACGAAAAGGAGCGCACGCGAUUGGCACCGAGAGGACGCAGCGAACUGACCCUGAGCUUGAGUCUGCAGCCCACCAGCUCUUCAUCGUCCCGUUGUGCCACCCCGUCCUCCGUGGAGUCCCAGGAGGACUCAAUUUCUCGCCUACCCUCAACAAGAGCAGUAGUCAGUGAACCGGAGCCCGACUCAGAGUCAGAUUUCAGAACCGCAACCAGCCCAGAGCCAGAGCUGACAGAACCUGAACCUUCUACAGAGCCAGAGGAAGAGCAGGGCUCAGAACAGGAAGUGGAAGCGGAACAGGAACAGGAAGGAGCUCAGGUCGAGCCUGAGCAGGAAGCAGAGGAAGGCGAUAGGACUGUUGUGAAACAGGAGGAAGACCGUGGAGAGGAAGAGGAGACUCUGGAAGUGGAGGUAGAGCAAGUGGUUGAGCCAGAGCCAGAGACGGAGGUGGAACAAGAGCAGGCACCGGAGCGGGAAAGUGAGGACCAUGCUAUUUUGAGUGAAAAGGAGAGGCAAAAUGAGGAGGUGAAUGAGAAAGACAAUUGCUCUGCCUCCAGCAUCUCCUCAGCUAGCAGCACUUUGGAGCGAGAGGAGAGGGAGGAGAAGCUCACUAGUGAUAAUGAGACAGGCCAAUGGGCACAGUGCAUUAAGGAUGUGGACGUGAACGAGCAGUGCAGCAAGAUCCUCAACAGCAAACUCUUCAUGCUGGACAUGCUGUACGCCCAAAACAAGAAGCCCCAGGAGAACGAGGAGGGGGAGGAGGAGGAGGGGGAGAAGGACAAGGACAAGGAGGAGAAGGGCUGCGAGGGUGAGGAUCCCUCAGUGGCCAGCCUGGCCAGCAGGAUCUCCACUCUGGAGGCUAGCCGCCUGGCUGCCGAGGACAACGUCAAGAAGAUGGACGUGGGCCACCUGGACAACCAGGGCAGCGUCCGAGCCUUCGCAGAGAAGUUCGGGGACCUGGUGAAGGGCCUGGUGUCUCCGUCCGAGGGCGAGCCGCAGGAGAAGCAGACGGAGAAGGCCGGGCCCGCCACGUCCCCGCUGCCGCCCAAGAAGGAGUCAGACUACAUCUGGGACCAGCUGAUGGCCAGCCCUCGGGAGCUCCGCAUCAAAGACAUGGACUUCACCGACCUGGUGGAGGAGGACGACCUGGACAUUCUGGACAUGGGCAGCAUGAUGGGCUCCGGAGACCUGAUCCCUCCUCCGCCCCCGCCCCCCUGUGUCUCCGCUCUGCCCCCGCCCCCGCCUCUUUUUGGGUGCCCGCCACCUCCUCCAAUCCCCGGCAUGAUGAUGCCACCUCCCCCGCCCUUCAUUGCCCCCCCCUCGCCCAUGCACCAGCUAGGGUCUCCGCAGCUUGGCCGGGGGGAGCCCCCACUCUUCCAGAAGAAGAAGAAGACUAUACGACUUUUCUGGAAUGAGGUUCGGCCCGUGGACUGGCAGUAUCGGAACCACAAACACUCGCAGGAGUCACUAUGGUCCAAACUGGAGCCAGUCAAAUUGGACACAUCGAAACUGGAGCACCUCUUUGAAACCAAAUCCAAGGAGCUUCCUGUCACCAAGAAAACAGCGGCGGAUGGAAAGCGUCAGGAAAUCAUCGUCCUGGACUCCAAGAGGAGCAACGCCAUCAACAUAGGCCUGACCGUCCUCCCCCCACCUCGCACCAUCAAGACGGCCAUCCUCAACUUCGACGAGUAUGCACUAAACAAGGAAGGCAUUGAGAAAAUCCUGACCAUGAUCCCCACUGAGGAGGAGAAGCAGAAGAUCCAGGAGGCCCAGCUGGCCAACCCAGACGUGCCGCUGGGCAGCGCCGAGCAGUUCCUCCUCACGCUGUCCUCCAUCAGCGAGCUCUCUGCCCGUCUGCAGCUCUGGGCCUUCAAGAUGGACUAUGAAGUCAUGGAAAAGGAAGUGGCUGAGCCGUUGCAGGACCUGAAGGAAGGGAUGGAUCAGCUGGAAAGGAACAAGACUCUCAGAUAUAUCCUGUCCACACUGCUGGCCAUUGGCAACUUCCUCAAUGGCUCAAAUGCUAAGGGUUUUGAGCUUAAUUACCUGGAGAAGGUUCCAGAAGUGAAGGAUACUGUACACAAGCAGUCUCUGCUGCACCACGCUUGCACCAUUGUGGUGGAGAAGUUCCCUGACAGCUCAGACCUCUACUCUGAGAUUGGGGCUAUCACUCGCUCAGCCAAGGUGGAUUUUGAUCAGCUGCAGGAGAAUCUGUCCCAGAUGGAGCGCCGCUGCAAAGCAUCCUGGGACCACCUGAAAGUCAUCGCCAAGCACGAGAUGAAGCCAGUGCUUAAGCAGAAGAUGUCAGAGUUCGUGAAGGACUGUGCAGAGAGAAUAAUUAUCCUCAAGAUAGUGCAUCGCAGGAUAAUCAACAAGUUCCAUGCCUUCCUGCUGUUCUUGGGUCAUCCUGUGUACGGUAUACGGGAGGUUAGUGUCCACCGCUUCAGCAAGAUUGUGAGUGAGUUCGCCCUGGAGUACCGCACCACGCGUGACCGCGUGCUGCAGCAGAAGCAGAAGAGGGCCAAUCACAGGGAGCGGAACAAGACCAGGGGCAAGAUGAUCACUGACACUGAUGAUGAAGAGGACGGUGAGAGCGGGAAAUUCGGCAGUUCCUCCACAGCGGAGCAGGACGGGCAGUCUCAGGGCCUGCAGUACGCAGAGGACGCUGCAGAGCACGAGAACAUGAAGGCAGUGCUGAAGAGCAGCCUGCAGGGCGGCGACAGUGGGACCGUCGUACCUGGCCUGCGGACACGCACCAGAGCCAACCGAGGACGCUUGGGCUUGUGGGCGUCAGUGAACGACGAAUCGCCUAACGCCACAGACGACGCCGCGGACGAGAUCAUGGAGCGCAUCGUGAAGUCGGCCACGCAGGGCCCGAGCCAGCGCACCCAGCCGCGCGAGAGGAAGCGGUCCCGCGCCAACCGCAAGUCACUGAGGAGGACGCUGAAGAGCGGGCUGACUCCUGAGGAGGCCCAAGCCCUGGGUCUCGCCAGCGGUUCAGAGAUGCAGGUGUGAGAGGGGACUGGGUCCAGCAGCACACAGAAGUACCCCGGAAUCUCCCCACACCCCUUUCUGCCCCUCACAAGUAUUCUGCCCUCUCCACCCACCUCCAACCCCAUCUCUUCACGCUUUUGGGUCACUGUGGCUGAAGAAGUGUGUUGUCAUUUCUUUCUCCUUGUUCCGGGAGAAAAGCAUGGUUUGUCAAAAAGAGAGAAAGGAUGGUAGAUGAAACCCUGGGGGGAGGGGGGUGGAAGUGGUUUAUGGGUCACAAAGAGUAUAAAUGGGGUGACAAUGCGCAAAGACGUUUGAAAAACAUGGUUUAGCUGACAGAUGCCCUUAUGGAGAGGAAAUUAACGGGCUUACGGUCCUGCUAAUUCAGUAACCCAGUUGUAUGGCUGGUUUUACAGUGGAUGGGAUGUGCAGAAGAUGCUGGGCUUCAGAGUCCAGCCGCUCCAACUCAGGAUUCAUAUGUGAUCCCCAGGAUCCCCAGUGCAGUGUGUUGAUCUCUGGAUUCACUUUGAAUCUAGAAAUGUGGCCCACGCUCCCUUAGGUAUCAGAGGGGUAUCAAAUGUUUUUUUACAAUAGUGAUGUGUGGUCCUCCAGGUAACAGUUAUAGUUUUUAAAGUGCUUUUACUAGCACUGCCUCAAUAUUUACAUAGGGAUUAGAGAAAUAGAAUUGUCAGUCACAUCUGUUGAAGCCAUUUCACAUUAUUUAUUACUGCUUUAGCAUCGGAAGAAAAAUACAUUGGACCCCUUUGGCCCUGAAGAUCAUUGCUGUUGGAAAUUGUCUUGCCCUGGAUUUGCAGUGCUCCACUGUAUGGCGUUUGUGUAAACAGUAGUGGUAUACUUGCUCUGAACGCACAUGCGGGAGUUGGAUAAAAAGAUGAUGAAUUGAACAAAAAUAUGCCUAUUAAUAUUAGUCUUGGCAGGAUUAAAUAGUUUUCAAUUUGACAGUUAACAUUGCCAAAACUUGUUGCUCAUCAGGUCCCCCUUCAGUUAGUAGGAUACCCGUAGUCUACCUGCACAAGUCUUCCUCAAUGGCAGUGUGAGUUUUUCUGGUGCAGGUCAGUGAAACAUAGCAGCAGCUUGUUUUCCGGAAUUGGCAGUGAGCAUGCUCAGGGCAUUCCAAACUGGGAGAAAAUGGGGUAUAUUCUUAGUCCUACACGGGAUGAAAAAAAAUGUUUCACUUACUACAGUUUGACUUUACUAAAUUUCACUCUACAUUGUACAAAAAUUUUAUAAAACUGCAUUCAGUUUUCAUGUCAAAAUUACUUGAGUUUAUUUUUUACUAUUUAAGGGUAUUAGUCCAACAUGAUGGUUAGCUAAUGUUUAGCUAAUACUAUUUCUACUUAGCGUGUAAUAAAUGGUUGCUGCAGUUUACUGUAUAUGUGAAAGGAUCAAAUUGGAAACAUAUGUAAUGCUAGAAGGAGGGAAAAAGGAAUGAGAUAAAAAUGUAUCUGAAAACCUCAACCUCAUUCUUCAUUUCAUGAGCCAAACACCCCACACCAGCAGAGACAUUCAAAAAUAGAAUGUUUUCAGUUCCUCCAAAUGUGAACCUGAGCUCUGAAAUGUUUAACCACGAUUGGUACAGAAUAAUGGAACAUAAUUCCAUGUGUUUGGUCUUCAAACUGUCAUGUUUAUCAAUGGCUAUUUGUUCCACCAAGCAGUAUGAGAUUUGCGAAAACAGCAUCUAUUGCUGCUCACUAAUAUACAUUGAGUCCUGCCAAGUCUAAAUGUUUUUAGAGAUAGUUUUCUGUUGGUACACAGGUCACCCCAGCAAUUUCUAAUCAGUCUGUCCAAAAUGAAGCACAGCGUCGACCUUGGGAUGUCUUUUUACGACACCCUUCUAAAAAGUAUUUGAAAGAGUAGGUGUUGAAUGGAAGCUGGAGUCUGGAAAGCGACCUUGAAUUUCAAUAGAAGUAACAGGGGCAGGAAAGAAGGUUGAAGAGAAGGGCCAUUUUAAUGUACAUUGGGUUCUCUUUUUUUUUCUUUUCUUUUUCUGGUGGUCGUGCCCAGCCGCACGCAAACAUACACCCAGCACCACCCCAGGUUAUGUCAGGCACUGGUGGAAGGCUUUAGAACAGAAAAAAAGCACAAAUAUAUCUACAUUUAAGUGUCAAGUGGGAGGGUCAGAAGGUUGUGAUUUGUUCAGCAGUAUAGCGCACAGCAGACAUGGUGUAAUUACAUGAUUUAAGAUUACAAACAGACAUGGUGGUGGAGAUCUUCUGAAUGUCCACAGCUUUCAGGCUCCCAUCAGCAUAGUGACACCCACCCCGCACACCACCUUUAUUAGUAGGCAACAAAACAGAAAUCCUACAUUCUGCACCACUUACACUUUAGACCACUUAGAUUGUACUCUGGAGUCUUCAACAGAUGUGUACAUUGCUUUUGUGAAAUGCCAUCUGACUGAUUACUGACAAAAGGCUUACAAUACUGGGCAUGUAUGUGUACCACCUGCGGCCUGCCCCUGUCAGAACAGUGUGUAACAUUGACACAUUACUUUAUCCUCUUUUGGCAUAUGCUGAUAUCCACAUUUUUUCUAGCUUUUUGUCCUUUGUGUUCUUUUUCCUCAUAGGCUUGGAGUUAGGUUGCCUAGCAUCACAAGCGCAUUACAUCUGUGUGCAGAAUAUUGGGUUUCUUCAACCUUGUAAAUGUCAUCAUUAUUUUGAUAAUGUGAUUAAACACUCAGUUAUGUGACAGCCAAUCAGGGAGAGGUGUGGGAGGAGGCAGACAGAGCGAUGCACAAUUGGACCACUGUAUACAUCUGGGUUACGACCAUUAUCUUUGAUGCUGCAGAAAAGAUGAUUGACCAUUUGACCUCUCUGAAAACUGUAAGGUCACAGAGCACAGUGAAUAACUGAGGCUAAGCAAGCAGCUGGGAUCUGUGGCCUUCAUUCAGCAGAUGGGUCAAUGGUCAGAUUAACAUUGGGCCCAAGAACUUUAAUGACUCAGUGAGGGGUUGGGAUUGGAGAGUAAAAUGUUGGAGAUUAAUAUUAGCUCCUCCCACUGUGUGGAAGUGAUAGAAAAAUCUUGAGUAUUUAAACAACAUCAGGAGAAUUUACAAAACUGUUUUGCUGUUUGUUUGUUUUUUUUGAUAGAAACUAAUUUGAAGGGCUUUAGAUGACCGAGUGCCUUUCUCUAUUUAUUCAGCCAUGUUCAGGGAGAAAUGUGAGUGGAUGUAAUCUUCUGUAAUGUAAGGGCUGGCUGAGAUCUGGGUGGCUCCUGAUCCCAGAAUCAGACAGUCAGAAAAUCAGACUUCAAAAGGUCAUUCAACCGCUGUGAGUUUUAUCUUUUUUUCCUUUUCUAACUCCACAGAGUUAAAGUAUUCUGCUAGUUAUGGUAAAGGAACUAAAUCUCAAAUUAGCCUUUUACUGCUGUUGUGUUUUGUUUUGUUUUUUUGGACAAAAAAUGGUUUUAGUAAACUUUUUUGGAAUUAUUUAUCGUGAAGAAUUAUUCACACUCUUGACUGCACAACACUUGAUAAACAAACAAGUCACUUCGCUAAACGGCACUACGUUCAUUCUUUUUGCUUUUUUAUUUUCAUGGAGGACAGUACUGUUCUGAUAGUACUGAUAGUGUAGUGUGUACUGUCCAGCACCUUAUUCACCAUUUGUAGCAUGAGAUUUCUAUUAAAUAAAAAUAGCAAGAGUAUUAUUAAUGAGCAAGAAAGUAAGGCAGUGUCUUCAGUAACAUUUUCUGAUGAGAAUUGUAAAAUGGAAGCGAUAAUAAAAUGUAAAGUUAAAAUGAAAAACUGUAGACGCAAAAGGACAAAUACUGUAAAAUUAUGUAAAUGUCACUCCGUGUUUUAUUUUUGUUUCUUUUUCAAUGUUUGUAUUUUGUGUAGAAUAGUGUAUAAUAGGCAAAAAUAGCAGUGUUAUUCUGUGAAUUGUAAUUUAAAGACAAAAGAAACAAGCCAUGCAUGGUUAACAAGAGAUACUGAUGUGUCGCUAAUUCUAGAGUUAAAGGGCGGCUCUUUUAUGUUUCAUUUUGACGUUCAGUUUUUUUUUUUUUCUUUUUUUUUUUUUUUUUGCUUCGGUUACAUUUGUGUUUUUACUCUGCAUGGACUUGAAACAUGUUUAGGAAGAUGUAAUCAGUUCACUGUCCUUGCACUCGUGAAGCCUUAGAAAGCCUUUGGUUCCAUUGCACUUCUCUAUGAAAAACAGAAGUCAGGUUCCCAAACUCACACAAGCUGAAUUUCCCCCAUUGCUGCCAGUGCCAUGUUAGGGCAAUGUGGGGACUGGACUAGGAAUUCAUCCAAACAGUGAACUCUUAUUGCUUCUGUACCCACCACUUAAGAAACAAUAUGUAUACACAUCUUGCAAUAAAAUGCUCUUAUGAAGCAAUUAGAAAAAA